AUGAAGGCUAAAAUCCUGCUUCAGGAAUUAUGGGCAAGGGGUUAUGACUGGGAUGAUGUCAUUCAUGAUGAAAUCGCAAGUAGAAUCGGAAGUUGGUAUGGUCAGCUUGGGAGGCUAGGUGAUGUGCAGGUGCCUAGAUGUUUACGUGAAGCAAGGGAGGUAGUCGCUAAGAGAAUCAUCACGUUUGUGGAUGCUUCACUGCAAGCUUAUGGAACUGUUGUAUAUCUACAGUGUGUAUACAAUCAUGCUACCGUUUCAAGUCGACUGGUCGGUGUAAGCAUGGAUGUAUUGUGGUGGAUUCGGGGACAUGGGCGGAACUUUCGUCCCUUUGUGGCUAAUCGUAUCGGGGAGAUACAGAUGGUGGCAGAGCCAUCGCAGUGGCAACAUGUGCCGACAGGAGAAAAUCCAGCUGAUCUAUGCACAAGGGGAGGAACAACAGACGCACUGUUAGAAAACUCACUCUGGUGGCAUGGACCAAAGUGGUUACUGCUAGAGGAUAAGGCUGGUUGGCCUAAGAUGGAUGUAAAGAGUCGCCCUGCUUCAUUACCGGAAUUGAAGACACUAGACCGUAAGGAAGAGGAAGAAGAUGUUGCAACUGUUCUAACAUGUCGCCAGCAGAGCCCAAUGAAUCGAGAAGAAAAUGGAAGGGCGAAAUCAAAGUGGGAAAACUGGAGGCUUGAACCCACACGUUUUUCAAGUUGGACACGCUUAGUGCGGCUACAGGCCAGGGUGUGGCGAGUGAUCUACAAUAUGUGCAAUCCAAGGGAAAGGAUGAAAGGACAAGAACUGUUGCCAGAAGAAAUUGAAGAUGCAGAGGUGGAAAUUAUUAAUCGAGCACAGUUGAAGGCAUUUCAUGAAAAAUAUAUCGCAUUAUUGAAAGGAAAGGAGAUUCUAAACAAGAGUUCACUGAGUAACCUAUGUCCCUGGCUGGACGAUCAAGGUGUUCUGCGAUGUGGUGGUCGACUUCAAUUUUCCGAAUAUCCUCCGUACAAUAUUAGUGGAAGAUCCUGGAUUGUUGCAGCGCGUGAGGAGAUAAGGGCAUGGGAGAAUGAAUGCAGUGAGUGCAAGAGGAGAAGGAACAAGCCGGCCACACAGAUAAUGGGGCCAUUACCACAAGUAAGGCUGCGCUUCACAUUUCGUGCAUUUGACCAGACUUCGGUGGACUACGCAGGUCCGUUCACCACUAUACAAGGACAUGGGCGUCAACGAUUUACUAGCAGACGAGGCGUACCUAAGGAAAUGAUUAGCGAUAACGGCACCAACUUUGUGGGAGCAGUUAAUGAACUCAAGGGACUUGUGGGUCAACUGGAAAAAGAUAAGAUUCAGAGAACGACCACACAGAAGGGAGUGAAGUGGACUUUUAACCCCCCAGGAACUCCUCAUUUUGGUGGGGCACAUGAGGUGAUGGUCAAGGCAGCGAAGAAGGCAAUAUAUGCGGUGCUAUGUAGUAGUGAUGUCACAGACGAAGAAUUGAUCACAGUUGUCACAGGUGCUGAGAGCUUGCUUAACUCUAGACCACUCACCUAUCAGUCAGCAAAUAUUAAGGAUGAUGUGCCGUUAACACCCAAUCAUUUUUUGAAUGGGCAAAUGGGUGGGCAAUUUGCACCAGAGAGCGUCGACACUACGAAGUUUAACCCACGGAAGAGGUGGCGCAAGGUCAAAGAACUGAUCUCACGAGUGUGGUGCAGGUGGUUGAUGGAGUACUUACCUACGCUGAAUACUCGUGCAAAGUGGACCGAAGUCGUCAAUGACCUCAAGAAAGGAGACAUUGUGCUAGUCCUGGAAAAAAAUCUGCCAGGAGGGAAGUGGCCUUUGGGCCGUAUGUGGAAACAUAUCCGGGAAAAGAUGGACAUUUACGCGUCGUGA